AUGCUUCUCUACCAAAAAUUGAUCUCAUAGUCAUAACGUCAAAAUUGAUCCGACUUUUUAUAUUUUUAAGGGAUAAAAACCCGAAAAAUUCCAUCUUCUGAGAAAAAAAAUGACAUCUUUCAUGGCAGGAACUAGGACAUCAAGUGAGUCUAAUACGAAGUGUUGCAAAGAAGGUGUUAUCUGAGAUGGGUUCCUCCUUGAGCUAUAAGGUGGGGACAAUGAUUGAAAUCCCUAGAGCUGCUCUGGUUGCAGAUGAGAUUGCAAAGGAAGCAGAGUUCUUCUCCUUUGGGACCAAUGAUCUUACACAGAUGACCUUUGGUUACAGUAGAGAUGAUGUUGGCAAGUUUCUCCCUAUUUACCUAGCCCAAGGCAUUCUGCAAAAUGAUCCGUUUGAGGUUCUUGAUCAAAGAGGUGUCGGUCAGCUCAUCAAGAUUGCCACUGAAAGGGGUCGUGCAGCUAGGCCUAGCUUAAAGGUUGGAAUAUGUGGAGAGCAUGGUGGGGAACCUUCUUCCGUUGCCUUCUUUGCAGAGGCUGGACUGGACUAUGUUUCAUGUUCUCCAUUCAGGGUUCCAAUUGCUAGGCUUGCAGCUGCUCAAGUUGCCGUUUGAGAGGGUUGGAAAAAUGAUAUGGUUGGUUUGUAAAUGAGAAGAGUGAAGAAAGGGGAGAGGGACGAAAAUAUAUAUAAAUUUUUGUUCCGA